GGGGGGGGGGGGUGGUUGGUGUUGUGUUGGCGUUGCAUUUGACCCACAAGGACCCAGGACGAGGAAUUUUUUUCUCUCUCUCUCUCCCUCUCCUCUUUUUUUUUUAAAAAAAACUACGUGUUGCUGCAGCGCAGAGGGUCGGAGCUGAUUUAUGUUGUGUUGCAGCACAAACACAAACAUGCUCAUGCUGGAGAUCUCUCUGUUUUUGCUUUACAUUGUGCAAAGGGACUGCGCUUACGAAUCCAGCCAAGACUAUGACGAUGACGACGAUGAUGAAGAUUAUCACGAUCUGGGGCAAUCCGAGGGUCAUUUGAGCAGUGAGCUGGAACAACAGUUGCGAUCAGUCUCCAGUGUGGAUGAACUCAUGACGAUAUUGUAUCCGGAACACUGGAAAAUGUUAAAAUGCCAUUCGAUGAAAGGCAGCCGAGCGCAUGAUCACUUCAGAGAAGUUGGCUUGGACACAGCCACUGAGGAGCCUGUGACUUUCGCAGCGAUAUAUUCUAACCCCGAGAUUCUAAGAAGUAUUGACAUUGAGUGGAAAAAGACUCAGUGCAUGCCCAGGGAGGUGUGUUUGGACGUGGGGAAAGAAUUUGGGUCACCGACAAACACCAUCUUUAAACCGUCCUGCGUGUCUAUCUACAGAUGUGGUGGCUGUUGCAACAGCGAGGGACUAAUAUGUACGAACACCAGUACUUCGCAUGUUCCCAAAUCACUGUUUGAGAUUGUGAUGCCACUGUCACAAGGAGCCAAACCCGUAACCAUCAGCGUCGCAAAUCACACAAGCUGCAGAUGUAUGUCAAAACUGGAUCAUUUCAGGCAGAUCCACUCCAUCAUCAGACGUUCUCUACCUACGUCCCAUUCAGAUUGUCAUAAGACCAACAAAACCUGUUCCAAAAAUCACACCUGGAAUAAUUAUUUCUGCAGAUGUGUCUUGCAGCACGACUUCAGCAGUUUUAUGCCCCCAAAAAGGGAUACAGAUGGAGACACUGGCUUUCACGUCUGUGGGCCAAAUAAAGAGCUUGAUGAAGAUACCUGUCAGUGUGUAUGUAAAGGUGGUUUGCACCAUUCCAGCUGUGGAGCCCACAAGGAACUGGAUAAAGAAUUGUGCCAGUGUGUGUGCAGAAAUGGACUGUAUCCGGGCAUAUGUGGACCCCAUAGGCAGUUUGAUGCAGAUUCUUGCGAGUGCAUUUGCAAAAAAAGCUGCCCGAGAAAUCACCCUUUAAAUCCAGCGAAAUGCGUCUGUGAAUGUACAGAAUCUCCAAACAAAUGCUUUCUGAAAGGAAAGAGAUUUCAUCCUCAAACCUGCAGUUGCUUCAGGCCACCCUGUGUAGUUCGAACAAGGCGCUGCAGCCAAGGUUAUUACUUCAGUGAGGAGGUGUGUCGCUGUAUUCCAUUACAUUGGAGAAGAUCGCAUAUUGAUUAUUAUUGACAGCGAUUUAGUUUCUUUGGCAAAAGAACAAUUUUCACAAUUUCACACGGACACAUCUGCCAAGAGGUGAACAUUGUAUAAAAGAAUACAUAGUAUUUUACAUGUUGCAUUCAUACGUACACCAGAGACCCAAGAGGCGCGAAGGAGCCCUGGCACUGGACAUUCAAACGACAUGCAGAAAUACAAUGUAGAUUACUACAUUGUCACACAAGGAACUCACCAUGAACUUCAUGUGAUACGCCAAUGACCAAAAGGUCUAGAUUUUUGUCGAGCUCAUUUUUUUUAAGAUAAUGAAUCUAUAUCUAAUUUAUUGCCACCAAAAUGUUGUGCAGCAUUCCUGUUCAUAGCAGUUAACAACUGUAAGAGCUCACUGUGAUCAGUAUUUUUAUAUCAUGUAAAAUAUCUUUAAAAUAAAAGGCAAAAGUGUAUUGUAGAUUGUGUACCCAU